GACUACACGAUGUAUGCGCAGCACUUCACUCUUCACCAUCACUUCAAGUCCUCUUUCCUCACUUCUGACUUCAGACAAGCAUAGACCUGUGAUCCUUAGUCGUGAGGUCUCACCGUCUCCCUCCCGCCAGCGCUCCCUUCAAGUCUAGCUCCAUCCUUUGCAACGCGCUGCAACAAUGUCUUCCGAGCCCAACCCCAAGGCAUUCCCGCUCGCCGAUGCAGCUCUGACCAAUCAGAUUCUGGAUUUGGUUCAACAAGCUUCUCACUACAAGCAGCUCAAAAAGGGAGCCAACGAAGCUACAAAGACGCUCAAUCGAGGUAUUUCGGAAUUCGUAGUCAUGACUGCGGAUGUUGAACCGAUCGAGAUUGUUCUUCACCUGCCUCUGCUGUGUGAGGACAAGAACGUGCCUUACGUCUUUGUCCCAUCCAAGACGGCGCUGGGAAGAGCUUGCGGUGUCUCUCGUCCAGUGGUGGCAGCUAGUGUCACCACCAACGAAGCCCGGGAACUUCAGAGUCAGAUUCAGUCCGUCAAGAACGCCAUCGAGCGACUGCUGAUCUGAGCUCGACUUUGUACCAUCACAAGUCGAUAUGACGACAACACGGCGCUUGUGCAGUCGUAGUAUGAUUGCAAUAAACGCAUGCGACUAGAGCGGCUGAAUGGACUGAAGGUUCGAAAUAUCAAGCUACGUAGGGUUGAACAUCUGGUCGGGCCUUGUACGAGCAAGCAGGCAGUACUGAUGUCCCUCGCGGCACGCAAGGCAAUGGGCUCUUGACUGAUGUCAGUGUCCUUCAGGACGUGCGCUUCUGAUUUCCCCAAAGCUGUGCGCUUCUCAAAAUCGCGAGUCUUCUGCCAUUUGUGGCGAGAGACUGAUCUCAAUCUCCUGGGCUGGGCACACGUCUCAUGCACGUGCAUAAGUACAGGAUCGUGACUGUCGAUUCGAAUUCUAUGCUACAUCUCGAGAGGGUCGGUGUAGGCUACCUCGAGUCACUGUCAGAGGCAGAACUAUCGCUGUCCGACGAAGCUCUGGACGC